AAGGAGAAGUUAUUGCUAUCACCAGAGUUUGGUUCGUUUGUUAGGAUUUAAAAUUUUCGAUCUUCAAUUUUGCCGUCUGGAUAGACGCAGAUCGGAGGCGUCUGAUGCGCGUUUGGUUUGAUUCGAGCUGAUUUUAUUGUGGUUGAUGAGCUGAGUUUUGGAUUAAGGCUUCGACCAAGAGACCAUAAACUUUUGAGCAUUCUAGUUGUUUUUACAUAAAACAUGUGGAGAUUCAAGCCAUUCAUGCAAAAAGAGCCAGCUGGGCUUGAAGGCCGUUCUAUUGAUGUUGGUAAUCUUAAAGUAAAUGUCCUGAAGGCGAUUGCUGAGGGAGGGUUCUCUUGUGUCUACUUGGCUCGUGAUGCUGUAAACAUGUCAAAACAAUAUGCUUUGAAGCACAUGAUAUGCAAUGAUGAAGAAUCACUUGAAUUAGUAAAGAAGGAGAUCUCAGUCAUGAAGUCAUUGAAAGGGCAUCCCAAUGUUGUCACACUUUAUGCUCAUGCAAUCUUUGAUAUGGGUAGGACAAAAGAGGCUUUCCUUGUUAUGGAAUUUUGUGAUAAGUCUCUAGUUAGUGUGCUGGAGAGCCGAGGAGCUGGUUAUUUUGAUGAGAAGCAAGUUCUUCUAAUCUUCAGGGAUGUAUGUAACGCAGUUUUUGCUAUGCACUGCCAAUCCCCACCUAUUGCUCACCGGGACUUGAAAGCUGAGAAUCUUUUGUUUGGCCCAGAUGGUUUAUGGAAAUUAUGUGAUUUCGGGAGUACUUCCACCAACCACAAGCGUUUUGAGAAACCAGAAGAAAUGGGGAUUGAGGAAGACAAUAUCAGGAAGCACACAACUCCUGCCUAUAGGGCCCCUGAGAUGUGGGAUCUGUUCCUGAGAGAAGUCAUCAAUGAGAAAGUGGAUAUAUGGGCAUUGGGGUGUCUCCUUUUCCGUAUAUGCUACUUCAAAAGUGCAUUUGAUGGUGAAUCAAAGUUGCAAGUCUUAAAUGGAAACUACCGCAUUCCUGAUUUGCCAAAAUACAGUUCAUCCCUUACGGACCUAAUCAGAGAUAUGCUUCAGGCCAGACCAGACGACAGACCAGAUAUCACGCAGGUCUGGUUUCGUGUCAAUGAGCAGUUACCUAUUGAUCUGCAGAAGUCAUUACCUGAGAGACCACCUGAAUUGCUAUCUUCCAACAAUCAUGAAGGUUCUGCAAAGCCUGCAACUCAAUCAUUGCCAAUGCCUCGUCGGAGUCCACCUCCUCCACCUUCAUCUGGAGAAACUAAAAGUUCAUCGCAGUCAUCCCAUUCUUCUAGGGGAGGGGGAAGUGGAGGGCAGCUUGGCGCAUUCUGGUCUACUAUGCAUGCAAAGGACUCAUCUGCCUCGGAGGUUAAGAGCAGACCAAUGUUUGAUGAAAGAACCAUCUGGCGAUCAUGCAAGAGAUCCAGGAUCUCAAGCAAACCUUGCAGCAGCAAGAACUCCAUCGCCAAAGAAAGAGGGUCUGAGAGCCUCUCCUACAGUCCAUCAUCUGCGGCUACGGAGAAGGUUAGCGGGACGAUGUGGGAACUCCCACAAAACAAAACUGAAAUGAAAAGUCCCAGUUCAGAACCGAAGGCAUGGCAAGCUUUUCCAGAGGACCCCAGCAACAAAAGUCCUGCUUCUGCGGACAAUAAUAGAGCCAAAUCUGUGAGGACAAGAAAAAUGCAUCAAACACGAGCAACCAAUCAACCACAUUCAGAUUUUGAUACAUGGGGUUUUGAAACAGAUGGUUUCGCUUCUGUAUCUGCUGCUGGAAGCUCAGAUGCCCAGACCCCUAGCACAGAAGGGAGUAAUCCUCAGGCUUUUGGUAAUGCCAAGACAUACGAGGGCAAGUCAACUUCCCAACCUGCCGGGUGGGCUGGAAAAGGAAGAUGGCAUCAGAAGGAGCCUUUGGAUAGAAAAAGGCACACAAGGAUUGGUUGUUAUUCAGAAGUGAGUUUGGCCACAAUAGCUGACCUUGACAUGACAGCCAAACAAAAAAGAGAUGCUGCGUCAAAUGCAUGGAAAGCUUUGGCCACUGAAGAGAAGAUGAGGGGCAAAUCAGAGGAAAUAGGAGCAGAAGAUGUUGAGCAACUACUAGGAAUCCGUCACGGUGGGGAGGAGGUGAAAACUAAAGUUGAUGUCGGUGAUGCUAUGUAUCAGGAGUUGAGAAAUGAAUAUCGGAAAGUGUCAUUCAGCAAAAUACUAAAAGACAUUGUUUCAGGGGAGAAGGAUUAUAGAUUCGAGUUUUUAUUUGUGCUGCACACCCUGGGUACUUUUCUAUGUCUGAAAUCAAGCUCAGAAGCGAGUGAGAAGUUGGUUAGAGUCAUGCGCUGCACAAUGGAUGACUUUGGAAAGUAUGAUUGGGCUAUCUACAUUAUAAAGGACCUCUGGAAAGAAAUGGGAGACUAUGUCAAGGCUUAUUUUUUUGUGAGCAUUUUAACCUCAACACGCCAGCCAGUUGGUCGAGAGUCUACUACUGCAAUUGAAUACUGGAUUGAUGAGAAGAUAAAAGAAUUGGCUAGCAAGGAGAUUAUGUAUGGAGGAAAAGGCAGUGAAGAGCUGAAGAAGUUACAUGAGCGCCUAAUGAAGAGGAUAGAGGAAGGGCAAAGGUGCUAA